AUGAUAAAUAUUCCAAAGAGAGUGUACAAACAGCUGUUAGAUGACACCGUCAAAUUACAAAAAGCCAAUGACGCAAUUGCAAAAUUGAAUCAAAUUUUACGCCAGAAGUCAGAUGAAUUGAAAGAAUUAAAGAAUCGAAAGUCACAGAAAUGUUCAGAGGAGAUGGAUUUUGCAUCUGAGAUAUUGUUCUGUUUAGGAAAUGGAAAGCAAGACAAAAAAUAUUCCGAAAAUAUUCGGCAGUUUUGCAUGGCUCUAUCGUACUAUUCACCAAAUGCAUAUAGAUACGUAAGAUCUGUCUUCAAGAACAAUUUGCCACAUCCCAGAACGAUGCGGGCAUGGCUCAGCUCGAUUGAUGCAUCACCGGGUGUUACAGCUGAAGCUCUUAACACAUUGGAGAUUAAAGCGAAGGAAUAUGAAGCACAGGGAAAGGAAUUAUUGAUAGCGAUGAUAUCCGAUGAAGUUUCAAUAAAAAAGAAAAUUGAGUGGGUUGAAGCAGAGCAUAAAUUUAGUGGUUUUAUCACUUGCAGAGACGAAGAAAAUAAGAAAAAGCAAAAAAAUAAGGGACUACCUGUUGCCAAAAACGCAUUAGUUUUCAUGGCAGUUGGAGCGGACUUCAAAAUAUCGAUGGCAUAUUUUCUUCUCACCGGUUUGAAUGCCCUUGGAAGAGCUGCAUUAACACAACUUACUAUAAAAAGUGUCAAUAAUACUGGUGCUCGCGUGAUAUCUCUUACGCAGAUGAAUUGCACACGUUCCAAUUUUGCCAAGACCAUUUGGAAACUUGGUUUUCAGCUGUCCGAAGUAGAUUGGGCUACAACGAUAAUCCAUCUGCUUCCGAAUUUAAAGCGAUAUAUCGUAAGCUUUUAG